AUGAUUGCUAAAGGAGCAAACUAUGCUGACAGAUGCACUCCAUAUUUAUUUGACGUCAAAAGAGAAGGAAGAGGGACGGUAUUUUCAAACGGAGACUUUUGGGCCGAUCAUCGUCGAUUUACUAUCAGAACCCUGAGAAAUUUUGGUCUAGGCAGCAAUGUUUUGGAAGACAGAAUUUUGGACGAAUUUCGUUAUCAUUUCGGCAAGCUUGAAAAGAGCAUGGUUGAUGGAAGAACUGUUAUUGAUGCCGCUAGCUUCUUUGACAUCCUGGUGGGAAGCGUCAUCAACCGUAUGAUUUUUUCGGAACGUUUCACAGAGAAAAAUGCAGAAGAAUACUUUCAAUUGAAGCAUGAGCUUGACGAUACUUUUAUGAAAUCUACAGCAUUUGACAUAGUCAUGGGUAAAUGGUCUCGGAAUGUCCCAUUUCUGGAGGCCUGGUGGCAAAGAAUGAUAUCGCCACAAGAAGAGCUGGUUAAAUUUAUCAGCAAAAGAGUAGACCAGAGAAAAGAAGAUAUUAUUGCUGGAAAACAUAUUUUGGAUGGGAACGAGGCUUGGUGGCAAAGAAUGAUAUCGCCACAAGAGAAGCUUCUUGGCUUUAUCAGCAAGAGAGUAGAUCAAAGAAAAGAAGAUAUUAUUGCUGGUAAACAUAUUUUGGAUGGAAACGGUGAAGAUUUUGUUGACGCCUACAUCUCAAAAAUGGAAGUGGAUCGUAAAGCAGGGAUGGAUACAAGUCGAGCGUACAAAGAUGAGGAUCUCCUUUACGAUAUUUUCGACCUCUGGAUAGCCGGACAUGAGACCACAAGCAUAACAAUGAUUUGGGGAUUUAUGCAUCUUAUCAAAAACCCCGAGGUAUUUCUUGAUUGCUAGAA